GUAUAGUUGCUAUCAUUCCUAUUUGCAGAAGAAAAUGCUGUCUUUUUAACUGCAGGAGAGCAAGGCUUUUGUCUUCCUGUAAUUCUGAAGUGAAGGUUGUCAUCAGCAAGAAAACUAAAACCUUUUAAAUAUAGACAUUAGUAGUAGAAUGCUGAAACAAACCUCUGGAUUAGCUUCAUUGACUUUCCUGCUUCUUUUGCAUCCCAAAGCAUAAGCUUAAAUCAUCUCAGAAGGACAAGGUCCGCCAGUUUAUGGCAUUUACCCAGGCUGGGGAAAGGACUGCUAUAUACUGCUUGAUGCAGAAUGAAUGGAAACUAGAAGUGGCAACAGACAACUACUUCCAGAAUCCAGAUUUGUACUACAAAGAAUCCAUGAAGAAUUCAGUAGACAGGAAGAAAUUAGAACAAUUGUAUAAUCGAUACAAAGACCCACAAGAUGAAAAUAAAAUUGGCAUUGAUGGAAUACAACAGUUCUGUGACGAUUUAAGCCUGGACCCUGCCAGUAUCAGUGUUCUGGUUGUAGCAUGGAAAUUCAGGGCGGCUACUCAGUGUGAAUUCAGUAAAAAGGAAUUUGUAGAUGGCAUGAUGGAGCUGGGGUGUGACUCCACAGAAAAACUAAAAGCUCUAUUGCCACGAUUGGAACAAGAACUGAAGGAUCCAACAAAAUUCAAAGAUUUUUAUCAGUUUACUUUUAACUUUGCAAAAAAUCCUGGACAAAAAGGUCUAGAUCUAGAAAUGGCAAUUGCGUACUGGAAUUUAGUCUUGUCAGGAAGGUUUAAAUUUCUAGAUCUUUGGAAUAAAUUCUUGUUGGAACAUCAUAAAAGAUCAAUUCCAAAAGAUACUUGGAAUCUUCUGUUAGAUUUUGGAAAUAUGAUUGCAGAUGAUAUGUCCAACUAUGAUGAAGAAGGAGCAUGGCCUGUUCUUAUAGAUGAUUUUGUGGAAUAUGCACGACCGGUAGUCACAGGAGGAAAGCGUAAAACUUCCUAACCGCAGACUCAUCAACGUGGACUAAAUGCACAGUCUGAACUGCAUUAGGUAAUGAAGAUUUGUUGGCUGAUAGCUGUGCACAUUGGUGCUGGUUUCAGUGGUCAUGGUGAGAUUCCAGAGACAAAACGGAAAUUCUUCCUUUCUGCCUAACGAAAAUGAUGGUUGAGUUGUGGACGUUUCGUGAACAAGCUCAGAAGAUGGUCCAGGCUGAUUGCAGGCUAUUGGCUUCAAUUAUUGUACUGGUUGUAUCAUAUAGGAUGUAGAUUUUGCAUGAUUUUAUACUUUGGAGAAGUUUAACUAGAGGCCAUUUUAUUAUUGAAGUUUUGACAGCACAGCAUGCCAUUGAGUUCAUGAUCCAAAGUGAACACCAGCAGUCAAAUAAACUGUAUUAUAUUGUACCUAUAUUAAAGGCAGUAUUUGUGGUAUAUAAAUUAAAUCCCUAAAUAAAACUUACGCAGUAUGGCGUGUUUUUAUAUAAGUUAGCUCUGUGGAUCUGUCUUAAUAGAGAAUUGUAAAAAAACAUGCUUUUUUAUAUUUGUAUUUAUAUUUGUAAGCCUUAGCUACAAAGAUUGAUCACAUCCAGCCUUUUAUCUUCCACUGAGGCUGACUUCCUCAUCACUGCAUGCUUGAAGUGCUUGCACACGCAUUAGUGAGAAGAAGCUGCUUCUCUAUCCUGUGUUGCGACUUCAGCUUUUUAAAGUUGACUUUGUGCAACCAAAGAUGCUUUUAUAAUUCAUGUUGGAGAUCAUUAUUCAGCUAGUCUUUAUGUAUUUUUUUUUAAUUUGAAAUAAUGGAUUGGUAGAAUAUAACUUGUAGCCCGAAACAUCAUCAAUUCUAGCAAGAUUCAACAACUUAGGAGUGCAAUUCCUGACGCAUCUCCUAGAAUGUAAGCAUGAAUAAGCCCGGGCACUUCAGUAGUUGGCUUCUACUUAGGAAAUAGUUAGAAAUAAGGAAGCUUCACAUUAAUGAUGAUAGUCUCUGGAUAUUUUGUAUAUUCAGUAAUGUUUAUGUGAGGGGGAGGGAAAAAAAAUACAGCAUCACUGAUCUCAAGGCUAGUCAAAUUGGAUCUGAAUGUGUUUUUCUUCCCUCUCAGUAGCUAUCUAUUAUAAAGUGCGUAACUGUCAAUAUCCUUCUUCCCAAUGUCUUCCAAUGCUUAAGCACAAGACUUUUUUACCAGAAAUUAUUCAACGUGUUUUCACACAGGGCUCUUCUAAACACUACCUCAUCAAAAAGAGGUGUCUGUAGCUUCUGUCAAAGUUUGUUAAAGCAAGGAGUUGCUCAAGAAUAUUUACAGCUAUGAUUAAUAUGUGUGCUGUAAUCAGAGCUGCAUAAAUAGAAGAAUUUGAGAAGAUUUUGCAUUAAGUUAUAUAACAUAUCUAUUUGGAUCACAUCAGGUAACUUCAGUAUUGCGUGAUCUUAUUUCAUAAUUGUGAGGAUAUAAAGACUUAUAAUACUUAUAGUCUUCUUAUUUAAAAAAAACUCUAAAUAUUAGUUUCACAUAAGCAGUCAGCUUUCGUGUAUGGCAGUGAAGCCUACAAAAACAAAUGUACAUACUGCAUACAGAGAGUUUACCUUCAUUCUUAUACUUGAGAAAACUUCAGUUGUGCAUGAUCUUUAAAAAGCAGGGCUAAAAAAAUUAACAAAUUUCCUAUGUAUAGGGAGACAGCAGGCAAGUCUCAAAUGCCCAACUAGUUAGUUAUUAUUUGUCUUCUCACCCGAAGCAGUUUUUAAAUGUUGGGUCUUGCAUGACAGCCACUAGAUGUCAGUGUCUCAGUCUUACCUGUAUUCUGCAGGAAAUGAGCCUGUUAGUGAACACAUACUCUUACUUUCUGACUAUAUCUUCUUAGAAGGGGAUUUGUGUACAUAACUCCAGCAUUCUAUGCAAGUCAACAGAGAUUUGAAAACAGUAUGAUGCUGUUUGUAAUGCAUUUGAUUUUUCUACUUGGCUUACUCAAAACUAGAAAUUUCUGUGUCUGUCCUGUAGGCUUUGGAAAAUAAAUGUUACAUCCAAUGGCAACAACUGCUUCUAUCCAGCCAAUAGCAGCGGAGUGCUUUCAGUUCACCCUAUGUCACUUAGGAUGUAUAGGUAUAAUGUAACAGAGCAGAAAUUAUUUGAUCUAUUGGUGUAUUAUGUAAUCAAACAGUUUCAUAGCACUAGAGUUUGUGAAACAUUUGUACAUGCUGAGAACUCCCUCAAAUCAACCUGAUGACCCUUUUACGUUUCAGGAUAAGUAGAGCAUAACAAAUGCAUGUGGCUUGAGGCUUUUUGACUUAAUAAUCCAAGGAAGAAGGUGCUUAGCACAGUGCUCCGUUUCCAUACAGACGCUAUUGUUUGCCAUUCUUAGGCCUUGCAAUAGAAGAGGACUGGGUAAAAGUGUAGCAGGAUUUUUAUUUUUCUUUUGCUCUUCCCAAUCUUGUACCCAUUUGAAAUCACCUGUGCACUUUACCUUCCUAUAAAUAUGGAAUAAAUGUGGAUUGUUCAAGCUUGAACAAUCACAAAAGUAAAUGCAAAUAAACUGCUUUUGGAUGAUGACUUCCUUUUGAAUUCUAA